CGUACAUACGCCUCACUCCUAACAUAGAUCACGCUCCUCAUUCGUGCUUGGCUGUGUGUGUCUCUUACUGUGUUUUCACUUUUCAUCACGAAAAAAUGAAAAAUUUCAAAACGCUUUUCUAAGUCUGAACUUCUACUACUACUACUACGACUACUUCUUUCUCUUUUUCCAGCUCUCUGCUUCAACUUCAGCUUCAGCUUCAAUCAAUUAUCAAUGGCUUCCGUGCCUCUCUCCUCUCUCUGUUUCUCUCAAACCCCCAAAUCUCUCUGUUUCAGCUUCGUUGCCUCCGAUAACCUGAGGUUUUCUUCGUCUUCGUCUUCGCUUCGAUUCUUAACGCCAAAGAAGAAUCGCACCAGGAUUAGGGUUUCUGUUUGUAGAGCCGCGUCGCCGUCGCCGUCGCCGUCGCUUGUCUUUCGCAACCUCGAUGCCGAUGACUUUCGUCAUCCUCUUGAUAAGCAGAACACGCUGAUAUUGAGAGCGAUUCCAGGGUUGAAUCAACUCGGAAAGGCUCUACUAGGAACUGUUGCCGAGCAGGUCAUGCUUCUGGAGAAUAUAGGGACAUCGGUUCUUGUUUCUAAAGAUCAGCUUUCUGAUCUUCAUAGAUUAAUGAUGGAGGCUGCGGAGGUAUUGAACAUUGAGGCUCCUGAUCUGUAUGUCCGACAAAGUCCUGUACCAAAUGCAUAUACUUUAGCUGUAAGUGGUAAAAGGCCAUUUGUUGUUGUUCAUACCAGCCUUGUGGAGCUUCUGACACAGAAGGAAUUGCAGGCUGUUCUGGCUCACGAGUUGGGUCACCUGAAAUGCGACCAUGGUGUAUGGCUUACAUAUGCAAAUAUUCUUACCCUUGGGGCUUAUUCUGUACCUGGUCUUGGUGCGCUAAUAGCUCAGAGCUUAGAGGAACAGUUGUUCCGCUGGCUCCGAGCAGCAGAGUUGACUUGUGAUCGUGCAGCCCUUCUUGUUGCGCAAGACCCUAAGGUGGUCAUCUCUGUGCUUAUGAAAUUAGCUGGGGGAUGCCCAUCUAUGGCUGAUCAAUUGAAUGUGGAUGCAUUCUUGGAGCAAGCUCGUUCUUACGACAGAGCUUCCUCGAGCCCAGUUGGGUGGUAUAUAAGAAAUGCUCAAACAAGGCAACUUUCACAUCCUCUGCCUGUUCUACGUGCUCGUGAGAUUGAUGAAUGGUCUAGGAGUCAAGAUUAUAGAUCCCUUCUGAAACGUGCCCUGCCGAUCAAUUCUUUACAAAAGGUUUAGCUUUGCUCAGAGGAUAGAGUUUAAAAACCAAAACAGUGCAAUGGUGUCCUUAUUAUAUUCUCACUGACUUAUCUUCUCGUGUCAAAACUCAAAAGGCUACCCCAGGCCAGGGGGAAGGGGGGCAGGUAUCAUUGAGAGGUUUUGCUAAGAUUUCGACACUGCAGCAAAAUGUUGGCUUAUCAAAUUACAGAACAUUUACAAAUGGAAGUUACAAUGUCUUGUUUUGUUGGUCAACCUUGUGUAAUUAUAAAAGAAGUUAGUUUUGAGAACGCAUUGCCAUGUAUUAUAACCAUUGUUGUAAAUCCAGGUAGUUAUACAUUUUUCUUUUUUCUCCCUCCCUUAUACAGUUACUUGGAAUCUGUAUCUGCUUUCUGAUGGUGCCAAAAUGUUGAAGGUCAAGAUUAACAUUCAAGUGAUAUGGGUAUGUAAGUAUUGAUAUAGUCAUAAACAAUGUAAAGACAAUGCAGUUCCUUUAUAUGCCUGUAUAAAGCUGUCAGUUAAGAAUUGA